AUGAAUAUCAAUCAACUAGUUUUCGCUGUGAUCUUUGGCUGCUCGUUCUUGGUCGACCACGGCAUAGCACCCCAGGGCGAAAGUGGUCUACCAGAAGCCGCCGAAUUAGUGGGCGCCAGUUCAAGCGUGCCUCACGCUGACGCCGAGCUACCUCGAUCGGGGGUUCGAAAACUUCAAGAAAUUAUUCCAACAACAUCGCAAGAUUGUAGUAUCACUCCCACGCGAGACCACAGCACCGGGCCAAGAAGGGUUAGCCCUGAACGUCGCAGUCGGUAUGAGAGCAAGGUCACAGAAAAACAUUUCCUCAAAUCGCAAAAAGUACAACGGGCAAUGGUGGAUAUUCUCGUCAAUAACCCGGAAUGGCUGUCACUAUCAGUAUUGGAGAAGGUCGAGGAGGUCGCACCAAACAUCGAAGACGAACUAACGCUUCGCGAAGAUGAGCAAUCACUAGAAUCUGCCAAGCUCAUUUUCAAACACGAUCGAGAAUUGCUGAGCUCGAAGGCACAGGAGCAAGUCGCGCCAGCAGCUUGGGCUUCGGGUAAGAUGUAUUACCUGACUCUACAACAAAUUCAAGCAUCUGUCGCUGUUGAGGCGCUCGUAAAACAUCUUCCACCCUUGAAGAAACCAUUGACCCAGCAAAUAAAAAACUGGCUGUGUAUGAAACCCAAUGCGAGGACCAUCGAUGACGAAACACUGCACCCGGCCUUGUUGGCCGUUGUUACGCAGCGCUCAAGUAGACUGAAUGACCAGGCACGGACACUAGCAGCUGAAAAAGGAGUGGAUAUCAGCCUAGCGGCGCUGCUGACCUCGACAAUCACCUCGCCGUGGCUCCUCACGACCUGGAUCGGACCCGUCUUAGGCGCCUGGUUCCUAUCCAAGGGCGCAUCCCGCUACCGGACCAUCUACCUCGUCUUCGGCAUCGCCGUGCCGGUUUGUGCCAGCUUGCUCGUGCUUGUCUUGUGGCUCGAGAUCGCCCUCUCCUCGGACCGCGACCCGGAGGAUCAUCUCGGCGGCGUUUGGUACCCGAUCCUAUACAACUCCCACUUUUCAUCUACUCGUCUGCGGUACGAGGCCUGGGAACAGCUGGACUCUGUCGGGCUCGUCCUGCUGCCUGCGGCUUGCCGCUUACUUGGUCGGUGA